AUGGCGGACCCGAUCUACAACAAUGGCGCAGCGAUCUUCUUCCUGUGCCUGUGCUCGAUCCUGGGCACGAUCGGCCUGGGCCUGACCGUGGGCGGCGCCGGCGGCCUGCAUGCCGACUGCGACGCCUCUCGGUUCCCCUCCAGCUGCGCGGACACGUUCCGGCCCAUUUGGUGGGCGGCCUGCCUGGAGGCUGGCGUGCUGUUCGCCGCGUUCGCGCUCACGCUGGCUGGCACACUGGGGCACACGCGCGUGGCGGUCUCGGCGCUCGUGGCCGUGGCGUCGCUCCAGCUGUGGAGCCAGCUGGAGGCUGUGCUGCAGCUCUACGAGACGGACCCCAAAUUCUACGUGCAGAUCGAGUCCAGGGAAGAGGAGCUCGACGUGGUGAUGGCGGGGCUGAUCAUGCUGUCGAUGGUGAACCUGGUGCUGGUGGUGGUGCUGGGGUUCACGGGGCCACGCCCGAGCGCCAAGGGCCCGGCCGCUGCGGGCGCCGGCCGACGGCCGGUUCAGGCCGCGGCCAGCUAG